CGGAGAGCAGCGAGCUGCGUCGUCGUCCAUGUUCUGUUCGGUCUCGUCCUGAGGGAGAAUAAGAGCAGGAUUUGGGCAGCGGGCGAAGCGGAGGCGCUUUCUGCGGGGCUCGGACGGUUUGUGGAGGCGAGAGAAGUGGCCGUCUGAGUGGGGAAAGCUCCGCUCUACGCCUUCCGUCGGUGUGGGAGGUGGAGAGGAGCAGGAGGAGGAGGUACUACUACCUCAGACCCUGUUUGAAGAUCAGCUGUUUUGUCAGCACCCCCACCUCACGUCUCAGUUCAGCAACACCUUAAGACGCAGACAGCCAUGGACCAGGACUACGAACGGCGGUUGCUGCGACAGAUCAACAUCCAGAACGAGAUGACCAGUCCCAUUAAAGUGACAGACGUGAUGAGAGCAUUGACACCCACCAACUCUCCCAUGUCCUCCCCCAGCAAGCACGGCGACAGGUUCAUCCCGUCUCGUGCCGGCGCCAACUGGAGCAUCAACUUCCACAGGAUCAAUGAGAAUGAGAAGUCACCCAGUCAAAACAGGAAAACUAAGGAUGCUACUUCUGACACCAGCAAAGUUGACGGGCUGGCGUACUCUGCUCUGCUGAAGAACGAGUUGUUGGGCGCGGGCAUCGAGAAGGUGCAAGACCCUCAGACAGAGGACAGGCGCCUGCAACCUUCAACACCGGAAAGGCGAAGUCUCUUCAGUUAUUCCAUCUGCCCAAAGCGUACCACUCCCGAUGACGGCAACACCAUCUCUCCAUACUCCUUGUCACCUGUCAGCAGCAAGAGUCAGAAGCUCUUGCGGUCUCCCCGGAAGCCCACCCGCAAGAUCUCAAAGAUCCCCUUCAAGGUGCUAGAUGCUCCAGAACUGCAAGACGACUUCUACCUGAACCUGGUGGACUGGUCUUCUCUGAACGUGCUGAGUGUGGGCCUGGGCACAUGUGUGUACCUUUGGAGUGCCUGCACAAGCCAGGUGACAAGACUGUGUGAUUUGUCUGUAGAAGGAGACUCUGUAACAUCAGUUGGCUGGUCAGAAAGGGGUAAUCUGGUUGCUGUAGGGACCCACAAAGGCUUUGUGCAAAUCUGGGAUGCUGCUGCUGGCAAAAAGCUCUCCACGCUGGAGGGGCACACAGCAAGAGUUGGCGCACUGGCUUGGAACGCAGACCAGCUGUCAUCAGGCAGCCGCGACCGCAUGAUCCUGCAGAGGGAUAUUCGUACGCCACCUCUGCAGUCUGAGCGCCGACUGCAGGGCCACCGGCAGGAAGUGUGUGGCCUCAAGUGGAGCACAGACCACCAGCUGCUUGCCUCGGGGGGAAAUGACAACAAGCUGCUGGUAUGGAACCACUCCAGCGUUCUUCCAGUGCAGCAGUACACAGAGCACCUGGCAGCAGUGAAGGCCAUAGCCUGGUCUCCCCACCAGCAUGGCCUUCUGGCCUCUGGUGGCGGUACAGCCGACCGCUGCAUCCGUUUCUGGAACACUCUGACGGGUCAGCCUCUGCAGUGCACUGACACGGGUUCGCAGGUCUGCAACCUGGCCUGGUCCAAGCACACCAACGAGCUGGUGAGCACACAUGGCUACUCUCAAAACCAGAUCCUGGUGUGGAAGUACCCGUCUCUGACGCAAGUGGCCAAGCUGACUGGGCACUCUUACAGAGUCCUUUACUUGGCCAUGUCACCAGACGGCGAGGCUAUUGUCACAGGGGCCGGAGAUGAGACGCUGCGAUUCUGGAAUGUAUUCAGCAAAACGCGGUCGACGAAGGAAUCUGUAUCUGUUUUGAACCUCUUCACCAGGAUACGAUAAUGCUGGUGUGUUUAGGGAGGACCAGACUAAAGGACUCCAGUGAGCAAUACCCAAAUGCCAGUGUGUCACCAUCAAAGCCUGGAGGACAGAGAACACUCUACAGAUCUUCCUACUGCCUUUUCAUGAAGAGGAAAGGAGACACUGGGGACAUUGUUUCUCGUUUAUUUACAAAGACUUAAUCUCGGGAGAGCCAAAUACAGAGUUAUGGAGUUCAUCUUUUUCUCUUUUGGUUAUUAAUGUACAGUUCUGUUAAAUUUGUUUUGGUUUUUGUAUGUG